UUUGCCUCUUUGUCGCGGUCAUCUGACCAGCCGCGUCUGGCUUGGAGCCGGCGGAACGAUGAGCAGGGCAGACGUGGCCAGGUGACACUCCACUUUCUUCCCCAACCCUGAAGAAAUAUCUCCUGAGAUCUGAACUGUAGUCUGUCAUUUUAAUUGGACUACCUGCAACUGGAGCAAGCUUCUCUUUGGAAUCAUAAUGACCACAGAAGGCAGGGGAACUUUAGGCCUCAUCCCCAGGAGCUCUGUUUUCCAGAAGCAGGCUGGGUGUCUGAUUGUGAAGCAGCAGCCAGGGAACCAGACCAGGGGACCGGGCUGCAGUCUCCCGAAGAACCACCCUCCUGUCUGUGAAAUCUUCAGGCUGCACUUUAGGCAGUUAUGUUACCAUGAGAUGUCUGGGCCUCAGGAGGCACUAAGCCGGCUCAGGGAGCUUUGUCGCUGGUGGCUAAUGCCAGAAGUUCACACCAAGGAGCAGAUCCUGGAGCUACUGGUGCUGGAACAGUUCUUGAGCAUCCUUCCUGUGGAGCUCCGAACCUGGGUGCAGUUUCAUCACCCUGAGAGUGGUGAGGAGGCUGUGGCUGUGGUGGAGGAUUUCCAGAGACACCUCAGUGUACAGGAAGAGGUUUCAGCCUCAGCACAGGAACAGGAAGUACAUAUGGAGGAGACAACAGUUCUGGGUACAACAGAGGAAUCUCCUACCUCACCUCUCAGUGGGGGUUCAGCCCCUGGAGCCCACCUGGAACCUCCUCAUGACCCAGGGGCACACCACCUCCCCAAUGGGCAUUUCGCUCAACUUGCAUCUAUAGUUCCGGCUCAUUCCCAGAUGGGGAACUCAGGAGACCAAGUAAUGGCCACUGUGCUUCAGAUGGUCAAGGCCCAGGAGACUGCCACAAAUGAGGACCUGUCAGUGGACUGUACACAGAAGAAGUGGAAAGGCCCUGCUGUCAGGCAGAGAGCCCUGUACCGGAACACAAUACUGGAAAACUACAGCAUCAUGAACUCACUGGCAGGUGAGAAUACGAUGGAGAGUUCUGAAUUCACUCCAAAGCAGACCAUUUCUAAAGGAUCAGAGUCAUCUGAUAGGUCACCAGGGGGACUCUUUGGGGUCACUUCUAUGGGACCAGAAGUUGAAGAUGUCUGUGAAGAUACUUUGAGGAAGCUGGAAGGGCAGCCCUCAGAUGAAGAGGGGAACAGUUUGGAAAUCAAUUUUUUGGAAAUAACAGAUGAGGAUAAGAAGAACUCCACAAAAGACAGAUGUGAGGAUUAUAAGGAAGUAGGGAAACAUCCAAAUCUAUCCCCCAGUCCUGAGGAAUAUCAAGGAGUCCCAAAGGGACAGAAAUUCUUUCAGUGUGAUGAAUGUGGCAAAGUGUUCUAUCGGAGUUCACACCUCAUUGGCCACCAGAGAAUCCACACUGGAGAGAAACCCUAUGAGUGUAAUGAGUGUGGUAAGACCUUCAGGCAGACCUCCCAGCUAAUUGUUCACCUCAGAACUCACACUGGGGAAAAACCCUAUGAAUGCAGUGAGUGUGGGAAGACCUAUCGGCACAGCUCCCAUCUCCUUCAACACCAGAGACUUCAUAAUGGGGAGAAACCCUAUAAAUGUAAUGAAUGUGCAAAAGCUUUCACUCAGAGUUCUCAACUCAUUGAUCACCAAAGAACCCAUACUGGGGAGAAACCUUAUGAAUGCAAGGAAUGUGGGUCAGCUUUUAGUCGGAGUAAAAAUCUUGUCCAACAUCAGGUCCUUCACACUGGUAAGAAACCUUACAAGUGUACUGAGUGUGGGAAAGUCUUCUGUUCUAACAGAAAUCUUAUUGAUCAUCAGAGGAUCCACACUGGAGAGAAGCCUUAUGAAUGUAAUGAAUGUGGCAAGGCCUUUAGUCGGAGUAAAUGUCUUAUUCGACAUCAGAGCCUCCACACUGGGGAGAAACCACACAAAUGCAAUGAAUGUGGGAAAGCCUUCAGUCAGAAUUCUCAACUCGUUGACCAUGAACGAAUUCAUACUGGAGAAAAGCCCUUUGAAUGUAGUGAGUGUGGUAAGGCUUUCAGUCUAAGUAAGUGCCUUAUUCGGCACCAGAGGCUUCACACAGGUGAAAAACCCUAUAAAUGCAAUGAGUGUGGAAAAUCCUUCAAUCAAAACUCUCACCUCAUUAUACACCAGAGAAUCCACACUGGUGAGAAGCCCUAUGAAUGUUAUGAGUGUGGGAAGGUAUUCAGUUACAGCUCUAGCCUUAUGGUACAUCAGAGAACCCAUACUGGGGAAAAGCCCUACAAAUGCAGUGAUUGUGGGAAAGCCUUUAGUGACAGUUCACAGCUUAUUGUGCACCAGAGAGUUCACACUGGAGAGAAACCUUAUGAAUGUAUUGAAUGUGGGAAAGCUUUUAGUCAGCGUUCCACUUUUAAUCACCACCAGCGAACUCACACUGGAGAGAAACCCUCAGGUCUGCCUCACUCAGCAUCGUAAGGCAUGGUUUUCUUGAAAAAGAGAAUAAGGAACUUCAGUGAAGUUUUUUUUUUUCCCUUGGUGAUACUGGGUAUUGAUAAUGGUAAUAGGCCUUUCACAUGCUAGUCAAGCAUUCUGCUACUGUGCUGUGUCCUAGCCCUUUUUCAAAAUUUUUAUUUUUGAGACAGAGUCUCAUUAAGUUUCUCCCGCUGGCUUUGAACUUUCAAUCCUCCUUCCUCAGCCUUCGGAUUAGCUGGAAUUACAGGUAUGUACCACUGUGCCCAACUUGAAGCUUUCUUUAUAAGAAUCAUGUUCAUCCUGAUCUCCCCUGGAACCUUUCAUCUUCGUGGACCAUUGUCAAUUUUCAUUGAGUCACCAAAUUGGGAAUAACUUACUGCAGUCCUUCUCCAUUAUUGGGAAAGUAAGGACUAUGCAUUUCAUUUACUUGUUGGUUUCCCUAUUCCUUUAUUUUUUUAAGCUGUUUUAAUGUCUAUCUCAUUUUUUAUUUAUCCAUCCCACAAUCAGACUGUGUGCUUCUCAAGGACAAAGGUGAUAUCUGUGUAUUUUAGGUCCCCCAUUUCAUCAUUUCCCAAAGGCAUUCUUCAAGCUAUGAUUCCUUCUCUUCCUCUUGGCUGUGGUCUCCAUGUACUGUUUAAGCUUUCUGCCACCUGUAGCUUAUCAUCUGUGUUUUCUGCCUAGAAAGCUUUUUUCUUCCUUUUUGAUAAUCUAAAAUUCUUUCAUAACCUUCAAAAAUCUAUCUCAUGUCUUAAGGAUUUUCUUCACCUGCUUCUUUAUUCCUCUUAAACAUCUAUUGAUUUGACCUCAGUGCUUUAAAUGACUGGUGCUAUCAGGUGUAACUGUGUUAAAUUGCUUUGUAAAUGUUUUCAAUGCACAGUGUUUACUUUCAUACCCCCUUACUUUUGGCUCAUUGAGGUCAAGUAUAUAUCUAUAUCUUUCAGCAUAUAGAUAAUAGUUUGUUUAUACUAGCUGUUAAAUAAAUAAGUUUUAAACCUCAACUCUGAA